CAGACGGUCACGUAUUGUUCUCGGUUUGUCUCCAAGAUGUCCGAGGUUGUGCGCUCAAUGAACAUCUCGGCUGGAUCAUCGAUCCGGACCGGCACGGUCAAUAUCUCUGGAAGCUCCUCAACAAUUGACGAGAUCAAGUUUGCAGAGAGCGACCUGAACGCCGUUGUGGCUGUCAAAGUGGUAAAUCAAUGCCGGACUGUGCGUGACAAUGUCUCCUUUUGUGCGCCGUCGGACGAAGAGAUGACGACUUCCCGGUUUCACGAGGUGUACGGGGACUGCUUCAUCUCGGGGUUUAUUGAGGGAGGAGACCUACAUGGGAUCAUCUCGAUCAAGACUCUAGACUACUCCCGACGAGGCGAGGUCAAGACAGCAGUGAAGGGCCAGUUGAACUCGUCCAUGAAGAACUGGUCGCCCGCACCUCGAUCCUCCUCCUCCUCUAUCGACAAGGUAAUGGAGAGCGCCGAGGUGACAGUUAAUGUCAACUGGUCUGGGGGCGGAGACAUCAACCCAACAGGAACGGAGUGGACGCUCAGCUCCCUUGUCCAGGCGGCCUCCGUCUUCCCUCAGAGUGUUGCCAAAUGCCCACAGCGCACCUGGGCUAUCCUCAGUCGCUAUGAUACAAUUCCCAAUUUCAUCGAGUAUGCUCAGAAACAUGCCAUAGCCAUUCGUCGCUAUGAUGGAGUCCAAACUUUUACCUGCGAUCUGUUGGAUAUGCACAUGGAGUAUAAAACGAACGUCCAGAUGCUCACUCAUGCCAUGGGCCACCUGGAUCAGUACUAUCCUUCACAGGAAAAGAACGCCAUCGCUAUCAACGUCGCCUCUUUAGUCACUGAACGUCACAAGCUGAAAAUUGAGAUGGCCAAGUUGGUGAAAGUGAUUGAAGAGCUGUUAGAUCCUCACAAGGUCGUCAAUUACAAUGAAAACCUACAAAUCGAAUCACCAGAGGUCUGGCGCACUAGGUUACCGGUACGUCUCCCCUAG